UUGAGAAAUGCACAGAAAAUGUAAGUUUUUUUAACGUCUAGAUUCUUGUGUUUUGCGGAAAUCCUUCGUGUCCGAGUAAUAUAAGUUAAUGGCAAGUUUCAUACCCAACAAGUGAGAGACAACAACACAUGAAGUUUCACAUGGUUUUGCCUACUCCAUUAUUAUUGUCAAAAUAUCAGGCCAUUUAUUGAUGACUUAGUCCUGGACCACUUGAUUUGAAGAUAUGGUGACAGAGAAUUGAAUAAAUGCAUCAACCUCUAUAAUUAAAACUAGACAACUUAUAAUCCUCUAUCCUUCCAUCCACAAAUUUAAGGUCCCAUAUAAGCAUAGCCAACAAGCAUCGGCACGAGGCUUUGCCCUCGGUGGUUAGUGACAAAAGCUUAAGCUCCAACCGAAAGCCUGUCUACAGCCUUUUAUAUAAAUAACCCCUUUUCUAUGAUCCAUUUUCAUCAUCAACUACAAGCAUUAUCGAUUAAGACACCAUAUUGUUCUAAAUUUCUAGUUUCCUUUCUUGCUUCCAAUCUUCCAAGGAAAAUGGCAAUGCUCAGCCCUAAGAAACUCAUCAAGAUGGCCAGGAGAUGGCGGAAGUUUGCAGCCAUGCAGAGGAGGAGGAUUUCGUUUCCAAGAAAUGGCAGUAAUGCAGACGGUUGCAGUACAUCCUCAUCCUAUACUGUUGAAAAAGGCCAUUUUGUAGUGUAUACAAUUGAUCAAAGGCGCUAUGCAUUUCCCUUGACUUACCUUGAAAACGAGGUCGUUAGGCAACUUUUAAGCACUUCCGAAGAAGAGUUUGGACUACCAAGUGGUGGCCCUAUUACAUUACCCUGUGAUUCAACCUUCAUGGACUACAUCAUUUCACUAAUCAAGAAAGGUGUAGCUGAUGGAGUUCUUCACAACGCGUUGCUCCUCACAAUACCUUCAUGUUGCUUCUCAACUUCUUCUUGCCACCAAGAAACUGGAAAUCAACAGAUUCUUGUUUAUUGAGUCAUGAAAUCAUGUUUUUGUAAUGUUAGCUCAAAAUAGAUUGUAUAGCAAUUAGCAGGUGAAAGUAGGCAACUGAAAGCUUGUAUUAUUACAGAUUGGAAUAGAGCUUUGUCUUGAAAUUAA